AUGCUGCCUCGUGGAGAGCAUGUGCUCCAGGUCUUCACAGAAUCCCAAACUGGCCUUCUUUCCCUGUCCCCUGAGGAUGGCGAGGGCAAGGUUUUUAUUGACUGCUCUACCAUUGAUGUCAAGACAUCGCAGGGGAUUGGCAAGGUUGUUCAGCAGAGCGGCCUUGGUGUUUUUGCUGAUGUUCCCCUGUCGGGCGGCCAAGGCGGUGCCAACGCAGGAACCUUGAACUUCAUGGUAGGAGGUGAAGACGAUGUAUUUGAGAGAAUUAACCCCAUGCUGGCCUUGGUGGGAAAGACUGACAACAUCUUCCAUUGUGACUCAGUCAAGCUCGCUGGCGUCAUCAACAGCCGGGAGCAGAACCCUGUCAAGGGCGUGUCGCCCACGGCCUCGUCAGCCACAGGCUUCACGGGAGGCUUCUCUACCGAGCUCUGCAAUGGUGUGCUCGAGAUGUCGAUGGAGCUUGCACGGCAGCUGGGCGCCAAAUGCAUGCUAGAGCCCGUAGUGCGGAAGCUGUAUGGAACCGCCGCCAAGAACGAGAAAUGCUCCGGGCAGGUUUUCAGGAGCAUUUACUGUCAGUUUUCCGAGGAAGAGGGCAAGGAUCUUCCAAGAACGUAG